UUCCCAUGUGUGAAUCGCCCAUCUCCCGAACAUAACAUAACAUAACAUAACAAACGCCAUUUUUGAUCGACCUUGGAACUCUGGCUGUUUGCCAGUAUGGCAGCUGUAGACCUCUACCACGCCAGCUUCUCGAAGCAGCUCUUCAACUACAUACCCAUAGACCAACCAUUGUACCAAACAUGGGGUACAUCAUGGCCGAAGCGAGAAGUGGGCGUCAUGCUCAGUCUUGACAUUGCUUCAUUUUCGAUACUUUUGCUUUACCUUUGUCGAACGCCGUUAUCACGGUUUACUCCCCGCUGGUUACAACCGUUUGCGCAAGAACCGCAACCGUUUCAAGCUAAGAAUCGAAAAUGGACUUUUUGGGCUUUAUGCUUGAUGCUCAUUGCCCUCGUUGGGUUGGGUUUGGCUAUCAGUUCUGCUAUCGUCCAUUUGCAUCAUAAAGCUUCGUUCAUGGAGCUUGUGCCUUGGAGUGUUGCGGCGUUGGUUACGGUUCUGCAUAGACCUGUUCAAGCCCCCAAGUUGUUGAUGUUACAGUAUCUCCUCAUGAUGGCGACGACUCUUACUCUUCGAGCAAUCUACUACCUCAGCUUCAAGGCAAACUCAAUCAGCCCCUUCGAAAUCGGGCAACUCACCCUUGAAAUGUUAGCAAUCUUGGUCAUUAUGAACAUGCCCCUUCGAAACCCGUUCUGGGGCUCUUCCAAUAUUGGGAACGCCAAAGUCGCUCCAUCAAAUCACGUCCGAAGUCCUGAAGAUAAUCUCACCCUCUUCCAAUUCUGGACCAUGAGAUGGGUAAAUCCCCUAUCCAAAAUCGCCCAAAAACGAGAAAUUGCCAUUGAAGACGUAUGGCAGCUACCCUAUGAGUUUCAGCACUGGAGGCUUUAUCUGGCAUUUCGCGCACUGAAGGGCAAACUUCUUCCAUGUCUCAUCGAAGCCAACGGUCUGGAUCUUCUCAUCGGCACGUUCGCAGCCAUCCUGGAACGAGUCGCUGAAGUUUCUAAUCUUCGUCUCACAAGUAAGCUCUAUCAAUCUCUUGACAAGAACGACCCCGCAGAAGCUGGACUCUGGUGCGUCGUUAUUCUCAGCAUCGACACCAUCCGUCAAAUCGCAAGAACGUCCUCAGGAUGGUACUCCCGCAAGGCCUACGAACGAAGUCGCGGCGAGACAUUCAUCGGUUUAUUCAGCAAGCUCCUCACCAGAGCCGUCCCAGGAUCUGAAAUGACAGAGAAAGAUCCUUCAGUUGGUGUUGAAGAGGGUAAUGCUCCUUCAAGCCGCUUUGGAAAGUUCUUCAACAAAUGCUGUGGCCGCAACAAAUCCAGACCAGCAGAGAAACCAACGCCAGACCAUCAAGCUUCAAACGCAAAGGUAGUCAACCUAAUCCGCGGAGAUACUUAUGAGAUAUCCCAACGAUUCUGGGAGUUUCCACGCGUUGUAGCAACACCCAUAAAAGUCAUCGUCACAAUCUACUACCUAAUCGACAUAAUGGGCUGGCCAUCCUGCGUCGGCUUCGGAUUCAUGGUCAUCUUCCUCAUCUGCAACUCUCUCCUCGUUCGUCAGGUCAUCAAGCUUGAACGUCAACGAACUGCACAUUCUGAUCGGAGGGCUCAGGCUGUUGCGCAUUUUGUAGAGGCUAGUCGCCCGCUUAAGCUCAAUGGCUGGACAUCAUCGUGGAGAGAUCGGAUUCUAAGAUUUCGAGACGUUGAGAUGAGGAAGAGGCUACAUAUUUCAAUUGUUAAUGCUGCUAUCUCGACAAUCAAUGUUUUUGGAGGCGCGGUUUAUCCGUUUGCGAGUAUUUGUUUAUACACACUCAUCCUUGGACGCGGGUUACCGAACGACGUUAUCUGGCCUUCACUACAGCUCUUUGCACAGCUCGAGGCUAGUACCCGCGAAGCUUUUGAUCUUAUUUCUGCAGUGUGGAAGUGCACUAUCCCUGUCGAGCGCGUCAACAAAUACAUGUCCGAACCCGACCGAGACGAAGACGCCUUUAGCGGUUGUGAAGCGCGCGAUAUCGAAUUCAACAAAGCAUGUUUUGCACGCCCCUCAACAGACCAUCUUGUUCUUCGCGACUUGACCCUCAAAUUCUCAACGGGGUUAACCGUCGUGCGCGGCAAAGUUGGUUCAGGCAAAUCUAGUUUAUUGCUUGCGAUCCUCAACGAGCUGGAGCACCGUAGUGGUCACUUCUCAAGAGCUGAUGAACCUAUCUCAUAUGCGCAACAACUUCCAUGGUUGCAGAACAAGACGAUCAGAGAGAACAUUCUCUUCCAUGAAUCGUUCGAUGGUUCGAGAUAUCGAGAUGUUAUCAGUGCUUGUGCACUGAUUCCUGAUUUCGCGACGUUUCCUAUGGGUGAUCGAACGAAGCUUGAGGAGGGUGGUAUUGGACUUUCUGGCGGUCAAAAGGCGCGUGUGGCGCUGGCGAGGGCAGUCUAUAGUAGCUGUCGGAUUCUUCUUUUGGAUGAUCCCCUCGCAGCGCUGGAUCACGAUACGGCGAGUUAUAUCGUUCAGCGCUUCCUUUGUGGGCCGCUGGCCAAGACGCGAACAAUUGUUCUCGUUACACAUCGUGAUGAUCUCGUUCUUCGACAUGCUGAUCAAGUUAUUGAUAUCAACGAUGGUUACGCCCAUGUUCUAACGCCAACGGAACUCAAAGAAGAACUCGAGCAUCCUCAUCUUUUCAACUCUGGCCCUACUGAAGUUCAACCUCACGAAAUGUCUAAUGAGCAUGUAUCUGAAGAAAUUUCAAGCGACAAAAGCCUUCCUGAAGAAGUUACCGAGACAGGGUCUAUUCCUAUUGGUAUAUAUCUUCGGUAUAUGGGUGCAGGAGGAUGGCAUCUAUGGGUGUUUCUAUCUUUGUUCUACGGAUUAUCUCGGUACUGCGACAUUGCGCGAGCACGACUCCUCGAAGCAUGGGGCCACGAAUCUGCAAAUUUCGAAACCUUGGUUGAGAGCGACUAUUGGGGUCUUCCUAGUCCUAACCAAAACCCUCGCCCUUGGUUAUACGUCCUUGCUGGUCUAUCAAUCGCACAAAUCGUCUCAUACGCCUCGGCCCAGGUCCUCCUCGCUUCAAUCAGCAUCCGCGCAGCUCAACGGCUCUUCAGAAUCGCCAUCGACAGAGUUAGCAAGGCGUCCUUCCGCUAUCAUGAUAUCACACCCACAGGCCAACUCAAGAACCGUCUCAUCUCCGACAUGGGCAUGGUCGAUGGUGGAAUCCUCGCGCCCCUCGAGCAGUUUGUGUUUAACCUGGUCGCUCUCUCACUGAGUCUCCUCGCCAUCAUGACGCAUCAGAUCUUCCUUGUCGCGGUUAUCUUUGUUGUCGCCAUUCUGUUCGCAUACUUCUAUCGUAUAUACGUCCCCGCUUCGCGAUGUCUACGUCGAAUGGAGAUGCGAUAUCUGACUCCUAUCAUCGCCAACAUUGGAGUCAUGCAGGAUGGUCUUGUAACAAUCCGUGCUCUUAAGGUCGAGAGCCGCUUUCAAGAUAAGCACUUGGAAGCUGUUGAUGACUUUCAGAAGCACGACCAUUUCUUCUGGAGUAUGACUUUCUGGCUCGACUUUAGACUCGGUAUGUCAUCAGCCAUCAUGCGAACCAUCCUUGUUCUCUCCAUGGUAUAUAUGGGUACACCAGCUAGUGCAGUCGGUUUUGUUCUGACUCAAACCAACAUCGCCAUGAUUGCUGUUCAACAACUCUGCGAGAAGUUUGCAGCUCUUCAACUCGAUGCCGUGUCCCUCGAGAGAGUCGAUGCUCUGAACCGUAUUCCCGAAGAACCCAGCGGUGAUAUCGAGCCUCCCCAAGACUGGCCCAGACCAUGUGAUAGUGUACGCUUCCAGGAUAUGUCAUUCAAGUACGCCGACAAUCUUCCCUCGGUGCUGGACAACGUAUCAUUCGAAAUCCCUGGUGGUUCGACAUGCGCAGUUCUCGGUCGAACAGGCUCCGGAAAGUCAACCAUCGCAAACGCUCUCCUCGUAACACAAGCACCAUUCUCCGGCGCCGUCUCAAUCGGAAGCAUGGAUCUCGCACACAUUAGCCGCACAGCCCUCCGCAACCGCGUAACGUUCAUCCAACAAGAUCCUAUUCUCUUCCCCGGCACACUACACGACAACAUCGACCCAGAAGCCAAGUUCUCCGACCAAGAAUGCACAAACGCAAUCCAUCGCGUUCUCGGUACUGACUGGGGUCUCGAAACCCGCAUUGACGCGGGCGGAAAGAAUCUCAGUCAGGGCCAGAGACAGCUCGUGGGUAUAUGUCGAGCUGUCCUCAGACGAAGUGGCCUUGUCAUUCUCGAUGAAGCAACGGCGUCAAUUGAUCGUGGGACAGCGGCGAUGGUUCAGAGGAUCCUUAGGCAGGAACUCAAGGAGAGCACUGUCAUCACGAUUGCGCAUCGGUUGGAGGCUGUGGAGGAUGCGACGUGGUGCUUGAGGCUGGAUAGAGGGAGGGUGGUUGAGUGUGGGCCGGCGGAUAAUAUAGGGAGAAAUGCUGGGGAGGCGGCGGAUAUAUAAGGAAAAGUCGUU